AACACAAAUAUUAUUGACCAAUUUCUUGAAAUCUCUGCAAAACAUAACUCUUUUUCUCUUUUCACUUGAAAACGUUAAGCAGUAAAUGUGAUGCAGAAAACCGUACGAGUAAAAUCAAACAACAAAACAAAAUUAAAGACAUUCAAAUAUUAAAUGUACCAAUUAAGUUUCCGAUUCACCGGUGAACAUUUCACCAUCGCUAUAGAAUCUUUUUCAGAAAAACACAAAGAAUCCAAGAUUCACUUUCCACGUGUCUCGUCAUUAAAAUUCCACGUGUAAAAUACAGUCAAACCCAGUCAAAGCCCACAACGGAUAUUCUCUUGUUCUCCCGCCUUUCUUUAUAAAAAAAAAAAGCAAAAACAAGAAACAGAGAGAUUUGAGAUUUUCUCUGCAAACUCUCAGAAAAAUCCAUUUCACCUUUGAGAGAGAGAGAGAGAAAGAGAAUAAAGAAGGAUGACGAAAAUUGACUCUCUCCGUCGAUUUCUUCUUCCAUGUAUCACACCUCCGACGAACUCAACCACCGUAUCUUUCCCCGGAGCAACAACAUCCACCGGAGCUUCCAAGAAACGUCUCAGUACUUCCCUAAGAGACGAUAUCGACGUUCAAGAUUCAGCUUCUUCCUCCGCCUCUUCCUCCGAGGCUACUUCCGCCGCCGCUGACUAUAACCUAUCCGCCGUCACGGUGCCGCAGAGACCGUCGAAGACGAUGGUGAUUGGUACGAUAUUCGGUAGAAGAAAGGGACACGUGUGGUUCUGUGUUCAACACGACCGUCUCUCUGUUAAACCAAUCCUUCUCCUCGAGCUUUCAAUAGCUACUAGCCAGUUAGUUCACGAGAUGGGUUCGGGUCUUGUUCGUGUGGCUUUAGAAUGCCCGACCCGACCCGAAUUGAAGUCGUGUUUGCUAAGAUCCGUACCCGUUUGGACGAUGUUCUGUAACGGAAGAAAGCUAGGUUUUGCUGUACGGAGAAGUGCUAAUGAAGAAACGAGGUUGAUGUUGAAGAGAUUGGAGUCUAUGACGGUUGGUGCGGGUGUGUUGCCAUCUGGAUCCGGGUUGGGUGGGUCGGGUGAAUCGGAUACUGAUGAGGUUAUGUAUAUGAGGGCGAAUUAUGAGCAUGUUGUUGGUAGCUCUGACUCGGAGUCGUUUCAUCUCAUUAACCCGGAUGCUAACUCGGCUCAAGAACUCAGUAUCUUCUUGCUCAGGACCUCUAGCUGAAUUGGCCUUUUGGGGUAACUUAUGAAUACUUUUCAUCAAGUUCAGAGAUUGUGAAGUCAGAUGAGAAAAAUUGAGAUUUUUUCAGGUAGAAAUUCAGGUUUUAGUUUAAAGAUCUUUCUUUUCGAAAAGAGUCUAGGAGUUUGCAAGUUCUUGAUGAGAUAUUUCUUUGUGGGUCGUUGGUUCUUGAUCUUUGUAAAACAUUUUUUUGUUAGAAAGAUUGAUGAUUUUUUUUCAAGAUA